CAUUCAUGUCGGAUAACAACAGAGCGCGGUAAGUCUGAAUAGAACAUCGCUGUUAUACGCGGCAGUGUGUAUACAGGGUGAUCAAAGUACAAAGUACCAAUUGAUACAGUACAGAGAAGUCAUUGGUGUCAACUUGUGGAUAGAACGUGCAGGAAUGAGCUCUAGCCACCCACCAGUGCAUUAUGUAAUUACUGCAUAUAUACGACGUUUAGCAUAUACCUACGGAACUUGAAGCUUAAGUAUACUUAAUAAGUUACUACACUAACCUUAGUAGCAUACACACGCCCCGGACACACGCAUACGUUCGGACAUUUUAUCUUCAACGUUAUGUCCAGGUGCGCAAAGAAGAGAGAACUCCGGAAAGAAAUGGUAUGAGUUUGUAAGCAUUUUGUCUGUUGGUGGUAUUUGUAUGUUGCCACUAGACAGGAAGGAUUAUGGAGGAAUAAUUGCGUUCUGUUGGAUCAUCCGAUGUCCUGAUCAGGCCUAUACUUCGAAAAACGCGAGUCAUAUAUAUCUAAACUGGGAAACUGUCUGAAUAGUGGCGCCAUAUCGAUAUGGGGUUAGGAGGGAAUGAGAAAAACCAUGAGGCGCCGCCGCCGGAAGAGGCGGAAAGAAAUUCGGGAGAAGAUGGAGGUAACGGCGACUCCUCAACGUCCCAGGGGAAUGACAAGACCAAAACGGGUUCGGACACUAGAUCAAUGAGCGUAUCUGGUGAAUCGCUCUAUGCUCUACUGAAUUUGAAGAAGGGGGCAACAGAGGAGGAAAUCAAGAAAGCAUACAGAAAGCAAGCAUUGAAGUACCACCCAGACAAAAACAGAGACGAUCCCACUGCAGAAGACAAGUUUAAAGAGAUCAACCGUGCGCAUAAAGUGCUGAUUGAUGAGAAGAAAAGAAAAAUCUACGACGAAUAUGGGUCGAUGGGUCUUUACAUUGCAGACACAGUCGGUGAUGAUUAUGUGGGACUCUACUUUAUGUUCGAUAGCAAAUGCUUCAAGAUCACUACAGUAAUAUGCUGCAUAGUUACAGGUUGCUGUUGUUGUUGCUGUUGUUUCUUUUGUUUCUGUGGAUGCUGUGGAUUAUGUAGUAAAUGUCGACCGUCAGACGAUGAUGAGGAGAUCUCGGAGGUAGAGGGUUCUGAUGGAGAGGAUGAUAAGCCCAUUAGUACACAGCCUCAAGCCGCGCAGGGAGUGGAGAAUGUCGUAUUCGCUAUGCCUGACUCGUAAUCCACGGACAAAGGACAGAAAUAUAUAGUUACACACCAGUGAAAUCACCAUACUCUGUAAAAACUGUGGUGUUAAAACUGACACCAGUUGGCGUUAAUAGAGGACCACAACCUAUGGUGCUAAAAAUUAAACCCUAGAGAUUGAACAUAACACCAAACAGUGUAAAUGUAACAACCAAAGGUGUUGAAAUAAAACCUAUAGGUGUUAAACUAACAUUGUCAAUCUAACACCGGUGUAAAAUAACUGGUGUGGUCCUCUAUCCGGUUAGCACCACAGUUUUUGCUGUGUACUGUUUCUAUCUAUACUGUAGAAUGUUUCUCAAUUCGGUCUUGAGGAUGACCUUGUUACAGGGAGGCACUGCAUGGGGCAGGCUUGGGGGUGAUUGCCCUAUGUGAGUUUUUGUUGGUAGGACCUAGUGAAUGAUAAAACAAUACAGUAAACGGGAUACAGUGGCUUGUAUUCUGAUAAAAUUAUGGGGAGCCCAAAAUUCAGUUUAUAUUGUAUAUUUCUUAUGUUUACUAUUUUGUUUCAUUUUGCAUUCAUAACAAAGAAAACUACUUCAGUUCCCAUUCCCAGGCAAUUAUGAACAAUUCGGGUGUCAAAUGUGUUAAUAAAUUGAAUGUGUACUGUUAGGUAUUUGUGCUCCUAUUGGCUCUUCAUAGUUAAACCACAACUUUAAACCAGGGUUUAAUUUAAAAUCGAGUUCAGAAUACGGGCCAGUCGAAGAAAAGGAAAGAGGGGAAAGGAAUGGUAUGAAUAGAGGUAAUUGGUCAUGCAACUCUCUAUACUACACCUGUUAUUCAACGGAUACAAAAAUGGCGUCAUAUUUAGAGCCCCCCCCCCCUCUUCCUUCCAUACCAAAAACACCCUUGCAUCACCCCUGCCUAUAUAUACCAUGUUUGAUGAAAUUCCUUUUACUUCAUUCUUUUAAUCAACAAUGUUGCCGAUCUCUGUGUAGUAUUAUACUGAUACAAUAAUUUUCUGAAAUAAUUAUCAUCAUAGCAACUUGGUGAAUUAAACAGUAAUAUCUUUAUGCUGUACAUAUUUUUAAUUUGAAAAAAAAAAUCGUUAAAAAUCGCAAGAUGUCGAAUUCUUCUGAGGCCUAAUGGGCAUAUUAAGAAUUUUAUAUUAUAAUGUCUUCUGUUUUUUAUACAUUGUAAAAAGUAGACUCUAAUACUAUAUGGAAUUAUUUUUAUAAUAUGUACUUAAUCUGCUUGCUCGCAUAAAAGGGGAGAAACUAUUUUCAUAUUUAAAAAUAUAUAUAAUGUACUUUCAUAUUAACGUUUUCUCUUUCUCUUUAUAUCCCGAAUUACAUGAUUAUAAAAGACUUAUUUCAAAAUGCCUUUGUACUCUACAGUAGAAUAUAGCAUUUCUCCUGGGUAUUCUCUUUAUGAAGAUGAAAAUGGUAAUAAUAUACUCCAGAAUAUAUGGCAUACAAUUUACGAUUCAAAGGGUAUGAUGAUGAGUAGCCUGCUGGUUUAUCUGUAUGGCGAAAAUUUUGGAAUAAAAAGAAUAAAAUUUCAAUGUACAUUUACAGUAGGCCGCCUAUAUAUUGCCUCGGCAAUAUUGAAACAACACCAGUUUGGAAUCAAACCGAUGCUGUUUAAUACUAAUUGGUGUUGUAUAAACACAUAUCUGGUGUUAGACCAAAACAGAACUGGUGUUGUUUAACACUACUCUAGUGUGGACAUAAUAGAUUCCAGGCUGGUGCUAAAUCAACACCGGAGUUUUUGCAGUGUAACCCCUUCCUGAUAAACUCUGUAUAUUGAGAAUCGUUAAUUGAAUGAUCCAUCGAAAUGAUACUAGAAUUAUGAUACUUGAAACUACUUUGGCAGCAUAUUUCACUUCAUUAUACCAAGUCGCCAUUUCCAAGCAUUCGAAAGAAAAUAAGAAUCAAAGUUAAGUUGCGCAUGUACCACGGAGUGUUUUUUAUUUUUAAUUAUAAUAUUAUAUAAUGUAUAAAAUGUG